AUGGACUCGGCAGUCCAGCGCUACGCGCUAUGUGUCGGAGGCCUUCUUCUUCUACUUUUGACCGCGCGAUUCAUCUACAGAUACAGAUGCCAUCUUCACCCUUUGCUUUUGGCCUUUCACUCGGAUCUCCUUAUUGACCUGCUUGGCGCUAGCCGUCACUUAUACUUUUUCUUCCAUCGUAUUUCAGCAUGGGUAACCGCAAUCUUGACAGCCUUUCACAGCAUAGGAAUGAUCGUCAACGGUCAAUCGUUUUCCUUCAACAGUCUCAGCAAUAUUUUGGCAUUCUCAUACAUCAAUCUAACCAUCCCUUCGCUCGGUGCGUCAUCCUCUAUUCAAAGUCACCCCUUUGUGGUGACUUCGUGGUCAAAAGAUAGACAAAAAAGCCUGGACCUUUUUGUCGAGCGCAGGCGCGGGUUCACCAGGAAGCUCCAUCUGGCAGACAGCCAGGACGGACGACAUGCCAUCGUCAGUGGGCCAUUUGGGAGACGUAUUUCACUGCUGGAAUUCGAUUUCGUGCUGCUGCUGGCAAGUGGCUACGGCAUUGCUGCUCAAGCAGCUUACCUCAGAGAGCUAGUAUCCAGAGGAAACAAACAAAAGGCACAUUUUGUUUGGCUUAUCUCGAAACGAGACAUUAUCAACCCGGCCGGCCAAUGGCUUCUCAACCCGGUCCUUAAUCAGGAUACCAAGAAGGCAAGGUCUAUCACCGCUCCUCUGCAGACCCUGCUAACCGGACUUCAGAUGAUCUUGAUCUCCAUUUUCGACAACGUAGGGUCCUUGGAAGGCACCCCUUCUGCCGCUGACUCGACGGUGGCGAAGACUUUUGGCGGUCGAGCGAGACUUUACCAAGGAAAACCAGGUCUCAAAGCUAUCAUCAGAAAAGGCAUGCAAGAUUGUCUUGGUGAAGAAAGAAGUCGAAACAACCGACUGUUGUUACUGGUGUCUGCCACUUUAGAAGCCAGACUACACGUGAAGCGGGCUCUACGGAGUUACUUGCAAGAACUAAAAGCCGGGUCGGAUUCUAGAACAAGCUACGGAAGCCACAAUCAGUCUGUAGAUGUCUCUAUAGAAGAGCUGGAUUUCCAGCCCAAGUAG